AAUUCUUUACGUUCCACACUACGCGUAUCAUCACGGCAACUGUGAUUCGAACCUAACCUAUACACACUGACCAGUUUUUUAACUGUUUCAGGUGGACAUCGGGCAAUGUAGUAUCCCGAUGUAAAGAUUUAAAAAACAAGUGUCACAUCUCGUAAUUGAACGUUUUUGUCAAAAAGUGAAAACUAAUAUAUAUUUUAAAACAUGACGCACUCGCUAGUGCUGGAUUUCGUUCAGCGACUUAAAUCGCGGCACGAAGAUGUUAGGAUUAAGGCGGCACAUGAUUUAUCUCUUUACGUCAGAACAGAGCUACGUGAAGUCUCCCAGGAGGAGAUGACAAAUUUCAUGGACGAAUUCAACCACCACAUAAAAGAAAUGGUCUCUGGUUCUGACAUGAAUGAGAAGAAGGGAGGUAUACUAGCUAUAGUUUGUCUAAUCGGUGCUGAUGGUGGUAAUAUAAACACUCGUACUAUAAGAUUUGCAAAUUAUCUAAGAAAUCUAUUGCCGUCGAACGAUGUUGGAGUUAUGGAAUUGGCUGCAAAAACUGUUGGGAAACUCGCACUUGUCUCUGGCACCUACACAGCAGAGUAUGUCGAGUUUGAAGUGAAACGUGCUUUUGAGUGGCUUGGCGGAGACAGGCACGAGGGGAAACGACAUGCAGCUGUCCUUGUACUGAGAGAAUUAGCCGUCUCGAUGCCGACGUAUUUUUUUCAACAAGUAUCUCCGUUUUUUGAUCUCAUAUUCAACGCGAUACGUGAUCCCAAACCGCUGAUACGAGAAGCUGCUACCGAAGCUCUCAGAGCUGCCCUGGUUGUCACCGCUCAAAGAGAAACUACAAAGCAAAUGCAUAAACCGCAAUGGUACAAAGAAUGCUUUCACGAAGUUGUACAAUGCUUCAAUGAUGCUGAUGUUAAGGGGCGAGGGUCCAACAAGGAUGCCGCUAUUCACGGAUCUUUAUUAGUUUUGAACGAGUUAUUGAGAUGCAGUAAUGCUCAGUGGGAAAGAAACUAUGAGGCGUUGAUGGAGAGACUUAAUUGCUCUACUCAACAGAUGGAUGAUGAUAUUCUGUCUCUCAUUCCUCGUCUCAAAACUCCGAUUGUACCAAAUUGGACAGGCCCAGUUCCAAGUCGAUCCAAUACUCUGCAGACAAUUCAUCCGGUUCAUGAAUCUGCCGCUUGUCGCAGUCUAUUACAGGAGGGCUUGGAUAAUAUUUACGCAGAUGUUAUGAACCAAAAACUAUCAAGAAAUCCUCAUAUACAACACGCGUUGAUGACGCUAUUACCACGGCUGGUUGCUUUCAAUAAAGAAAAAUUCGACAAGCAUCACUUGGCACAAAGUAUAUCGUAUCUUUUGAUCACUUUAAGAAGCCGCGAAAAAGAUAGACAUGCAGCAUUUACAACUAUUGGAUUAAUUGCUGUUGCAGUUGAGACUGGCAUAGAACCUUAUCUUCCUGAAAUUAUGGAAGUGAUUAAAGCUUCUUUACCUUCAAAAGAAACGCCGAGUAAGAAACGAGGUACCACACUUGAACCGGCUGUUUUUAUCUGCAUUACUUUGCUAGGGCAUGCUGUUAAGCAAACUAUAGGGCCAGAUAUAAAGGUUCUCUUAGAGCCAAUGCUUGCCACUGGUCUGAGUCCAAUUCUUACAACAUCAUUGCGCGAAUUAGCUCAUAGUAUACCAUCUUUGAAGCCAGAUGUUUCUCAAGGAUUAUUGAGAAUGCUGUCACAAGUACUGAUGCACAAACCACUGCGACAUCCCGGUGCUCCGUGGUCAGCUACAAGUCCAAUUUCAGCUCCAACUGCAGAAGCUGACCUGCCUUCGACGGUGCUUGCGCUGAAAACACUUGGUACGUUUAAUUUUGAUGGAAAUCCUUUACUACAGUUUGUUCGGAGAUGCGCUGACCAUUUCUUGACAUCUGAACAGUCUCAGGUCCGUUUGGAAGCUGUGAAAACAUGUUCCAGGCUUUUGAGGCUAGCAUUGAAUCAACCAGGGCCAACGGUUACCAAUACAGUUUCUACAGUGCUAGGAAAAUUACUAGUCGUCGGCAUCACAGACACUGAUCCAGAUGUGCGAUUAUGUGUCCUCGCGUCGCUUGAUAAAAGUUUUGACAUUCAUCUUGCUCAAGCAGAAAGUUUGUCAGCCUUAUUUAUUGCGAUGAAUGAUGAAAUUUUUGAAAUCAGAGAACUCGCCAUCUACACAAUUGGGAGAUUGAGUACUAUGAAUCCAGCCUACGUUAUGCCUUCACUUCGGAAAACGCUGAUCCAAUUUCUAACAGAGCUUGAACAUUCUGGUAUGGGACGUAACAAAGAACAGGCUUCGCGGAUGCUCGAUUAUUUAGUCAUUAGUGCUCCACGACUCAUUCGACCUUACAUGGAACCUAUUUUGAAAGUUCUCAUUCCGAAGAUGAAAGAACCUGAGCCUAACCCUGGUGUUGUCUUGGCUGUACUUAAAGCGAUUGGUGAUUUAGCAAGUGUUAAUGGUGCAGAAAUGCAACAAUGGAUGCCGGAAUUAUUGUCAAUACUACUGGAAAUGUUGGUCGAUGCCAGUUCUCCAGACAAAAGAGGUGUCGCCUUGUGGGUUCUUGGCCAGCUGGUUGGAAGUACAGGACAUGUAGUCAAGCCAUACACACAAUAUCCUUUUUUACUCGAUGUGCUUAUUAAUUUUCUAAAAACUGAGCAAUCACCAGUUACCAGGAGAGAAACAAUCAGAGUACUCGGACUCCUAGGUGCCUUGGAUCCCUACAAGCAUAAAAUGAACCUUGGUCAAAUAGAUUCACAGUUUGAUUCACUAAUGUCUAUGGCUGAUAUUAGGUGUAAAAGUGAUGCCGAAACAAGUCAAGAUCAGUCGACUAGCGAGAUGCUUGUAAAUAUGUCGACUUCAACUCUGGAGGAAUAUUAUCCAGCUAUUGCGAUCGCUACUCUCAUGCGCAUCAUUCGGGAACCCACCUUAUCUCAGCAUCAUACCAUGGUUGUGCAAGCAGUAACAUUCAUCUUUAAAAGCCUUGGUAUAAAAUGCGUACCAUAUAUUUCUCAAGUUAUGCCUAGCUUUUUGAACGUUGUUCGCACUGCUGAUAUUGGAUUUCGAGAAUACUUGUUUCAACAAUUGGCUGUUCUUAUUGCGAUUGUUAAACAACACAUUCGGAAUUAUUUGGAUGAUAUUUUCGCUUUGAUUAAAGAAGUGUGGACUGUGAAUAGUCCGUUACAGAGUACGCUUAUUCUUCUUGUGGAGCACAUCGCUGUUGCUCUGGGUGCUGAAUUCAAAAUUUAUUUACCACAAUUGAUGCCGCAAAUCUUGAGAGUACUGACACAUGAUACCAGUAAGGAUCGUGCGGUGACUGUCAAGCUGCUUCUUGCUUUGCAGAAAUUUGGAAACAAUCUUGAUAAUUAUCUGCAUUUGGUACUUCCACCAAUAGUGAAACUAUUCUAUGCUACAGAUUGCCCAAUUUCGGUUAAUAGAGUUGCGCUGGAAACUGUCGACGACCUUGCUGAUACAUUGGAUUUCACUGAUUUCGCUUCAAGGAUAGUGCAUCCGUUAGUAAGAACAUUGGACACAUACCCAGAACUAAGGAUGCCGGCAAUGGAAACUCUCUGCGCACUUUUAAUUCAACUUAGAAAGAAGUAUCAAAUUUUUAUACCAUUGGUUCAGAAGGUAAUGACUAAACACAAAAUCACUCAUCAACGCUACGACGUACUCACAGAUAAAAUUCAAAGCGACUCUACCGUAGCUGAUGGCGAAGACUAUUUACUUACACGUCCUAGAGACUCAAGACGCCAAUAUCGCGAUUUAUCUUUGACAUCUUCUGAUACUACAAUCAUCAAGCGUCUUCAUGUGUCAGCACCCAAUCUACAGAAAGCCUGGACAGCCACGCGCAGAGUCUCCAAAGAUGAUUGGCUAGAAUGGCUCCGAAGUUUGUCUAUCGGAUUGCUCAAAGAAUCACCUUCACCGGCAUUAAGGUCAUGCUGGGCGCUUGCUCAAACUUAUUCACAGCUACCAAGAGACUUAUUCAACGCAGCUUUUGUGUCAUGUUGGACUGAACUCAGUAGCACAUAUCAAACGGAGUUAAAAGAGACCUUGCAGCAGGCACUAAUGGUGCCCGACCUACCGGAAAUCACACAAACUAUUCUGAAUUUGGCUGAAUUUAUGGAACAUUGUGACAAAGGACCUUUACCAUUAGAUGCCAAGUUACUGGGUGAACGAGCCAUGCAUUGCCGAGCUUAUGCUAAGGCAUUGCAUUACAAAGAAGAUGAAUUCCACGAAGGCAGAAAUAGCAAUGUUUUCGAGUCACUGAUUUCUAUCAAUAAUAAACUCCAGCAAAAAGAGGUUGCUGAAGGAUUAUUGGAAUAUGUUAUGAAACAGCAGAAUCAACAAGAUCUUAAAGUGCAAGUACGUUGGUAUGAGAAGUUACACAAUUGGGAUAAGGCAUUAGAUUUAUAUAAAGAUCGCUUAAACAUUGAUCCAACUGACGUAGAAUCAACCUUAGGCGAGAUGAGAUGCUUAGAAGCACUUGGCGAAUGGGGGCAGCUUCAUGAUGUUGCCACCCGACAAUGGGCGAAUGAAAAUGACGAAAAUAAACAAAGAAUGUCUCGAAUGGCGGCAGCUGCUGCAUGGGGACUUGGGCAGUGGGAAAGUAUGGAAAAAUAUGUCAACUUCAUUCCUGAAGACACCCAGGACGGUGCCUUUUAUAGAGCAGUGUUGGCUAUACAUGAUGAACAGUAUGAUGUGGCCCAUGAGUUGAUAGACAGUGCAAGAGAUUUAUUAGACACAGAACUGACUGCGAUGGCUGGAGAAAGUUACCAGAGAGCUUACAACGCCAUGGUGGAAGUUCAGAAGUUAGCUGAAUUAGAAGAAGUAAUACAGUUCAAGUUAAUUCCUGAGAGGAGAGCAACAAUAAAAUCAAUGUGGUGGGAUAGAUUGCAAGGUGGACAACGUGUCGUUGAAGAUUGGCAAAAAAUUAUUCAAGUCCACACACUGGUCGUUUCUCCACAGGACGACAUGUACACAUGGCUGAAAUAUGCUAGCCUUUGCAGAAAAAAUGGCAGCCCUAUGUUAUGUCAUAAGACAUUAGUUAUGCUGCUUGGAAUGGAUCCAUCUCAGAAUCCUGAUCAACCAUUGCCAACAACGCAUCCGCAAGUCACAUUUGCUUAUUGUAAACACAUGUGGAUGGCGAAUAAUCGAGAAGCAGCUUAUAGUCAGUUGCAAAGAUUUGUGCAAACGUCAUUACAGCCGGCAACAAUAUCUGUGUUAAAUCAAGAAGAUGAGAAACAGCAAGAAGCCAGGAAGAGAUUACUCGCUCGGUGUUACCUAAAACUUGGAGAGUGGUUGGAGGCUUUGCAAGGAAUAAGCGAGCAUUCUAUACCAGCUGUGUUAUCUUACUAUGCAGCAGCAACAAAACAUGAUCCUUCAUGGUAUAAAGCUUGGCAUGCUUUUGCUUAUACAAAUUUUGAAACCGUUUUGUUUUACAAACAUCAACAAGGUGAUACUAAUCUCGAUAACGUACCUGGUAACGCAUCACGGUCUGCAUUAGCCAGCUCUCAAUACAUUUCUCAGUUCACUGUACCAGCAGUCGAGGGUUUCUUCCGGUCUAUUAAUUUGUCGCAUGGCAGUUCUUUACAAGAUACGUUACGAUUGCUAACGCUAUGGUUUGAUUAUGGACAAUGGCCGGAAGUGUAUGAAGCGAUUGUCGAAGGAAUAAGACUAAUUGAAAUCAAUACUUGGUUGCAAGUAAUUCCUCAGCUCAUUGCGAGAAUAGACACUCCUAGAGCCUUAGUCGGCAGAUUAAUUCAUCACCUGUUAAUUGAUAUUGGUAAAACUCAUCCGCAGGCAUUAGUUUACCCCUUAACAGUAGCUUCAAAAAGUGCGAGUUCCGCUCGUAAAGCUGCCGCUAAUAAGAUAUUAAAAAAUAUGUGCGAACACAGUCCAACGCUGGUGCAACAAGCUGUAUUAGCUAGUGACGAAUUGAUUAGAGUUGCAAUACUGUGGCAUGAAUUGUGGCACGAAGGCUUGGAAGAAGCCAGUAGAUUAUACUUUGGAGAACGAAACGUCAAGGGAAUGUUCGAUACCUUGGAGCCUCUUCAUGCGAUGUUAGAACGAGGGCCGCAAACCUUGAAGGAAACAUCAUUCAAUCAAACUUACGGAAGAGAUUUGAUGGAAGCAAAAGAAUGGUGCCACAGGUAUAAAAUGUCUGGAAAUGUGAAGGACUUAAACCAGGCAUGGGAUUUGUAUUAUCAUGUGUUCAGAAAAAUAUCAAGACAGUUACCUCAACUAACAAGUUUAGAAUUACAGUAUGUUAGUCCAAAAUUAUUGGUUUGUCGAGAUUUGGAACUCGCUGUACCUGGUAGUUACAAUCCUGGACAUCCAGUUAUCAAGAUUGCCAGUAUCCACAGCUCGAUGCAAGUUAUUACUAGUAAGCAACGCCCUCGGAAACUUUGCAUCAAAGGUAGCAACGGUAAAGAUUAUAUGUUCCUAUUGAAAGGUCAUGAAGACCUUAGACAAGACGAACGUGUUAUGCAGUUAUUUGGUCUAGUCAACACACUUUUGUUGCAUGAUCCUGACACAUUCAGGCGGAAUCUCACAAUUCAAAGAUAUGCUGUAAUUCCUCUAUCAACAAAUAGUGGGCUUAUUGGCUGGGUUCCUCACUGCGAUACGUUGCAUACGUUGAUACGAGAUUAUAGAGAGAAAAAAAAGAUACUACUGAAUAUUGAGCACAGAAUAAUGUUGAGGAUGGCACCGGACUAUGAUCAUCUUAUGCUGAUGCAAAAGGUCGAAGUAUUUGAACAUGCUUUAGAACACACGCAUGGGGAUGACUUGUCUCGUCUUCUGUGGCUCAAAUCACCUUCCAGUGAAGUGUGGUUUGAUCGCCGAACGAAUUAUACUCGUUCCCUUGCUGUCAUGUCAAUGGUUGGUUACAUACUCGGACUCGGAGAUCGGCAUCCCUCUAACCUGAUGUUGGAUCGUCUUAGUGGAAAAAUUCUACACAUCGAUUUUGGAGAUUGUUUCGAAGUUGCUAUGACGCGUGAAAAAUUCCCGGAGAAAAUUCCCUUCAGGUUAACAAGAAUGCUGAUCAAUGCUAUGGAGGUGACAGGGAUCGAAGGAACAUACAGACGGACGAGUGAAUCGGUUAUGUCGGUGUUACAUCGUAACAAAGACAGCUUGAUGGCUGUGCUUGAGGCGUUUGUUUACGAUCCACUGUUGAACUGGAGACUAAUGGACAACGCAGUUCCAAAAGCUACAAGAUCAGAUGCCCCAGGUAUUGCUGCCAGUAGUAGCCAGGAACACGGAGACAUGCUAGAUUCUCACAGUGCUAUUUUGCCAAAGAAAGGAGUUCCUUGCAGUCUUGAAAAUGGAGGAGAUAAAAAUCAACCGGAGGCUCUGAAUAAGAAAGCACUUGCAAUAAUAAACAGAGUGAGAGACAAAUUAACGGGACGUGAUUUUUCGCAUGAUGAGAUGCUUAAUGUUCAGCAACAAGUUGAUUUGCUGAUUCAGCAGGCUACAAAUAACGAAAAUCUCUGCCAAUGCUACAUUGGAUGGUGUCCAUUCUGGUGAAAAUCGGAUCACACGAAGUCAAGCGUGACAAGAUUUUAUGAGGUUAUUUUCUCAUCAUUGCUUAGUAAGGGUUUGAUGAGGGUCAGGGACUAGUCUCCAGACAUUGUAAUUGAAAAGUUAGGUUUGCCAGUGUCAUAACAUUGCCCAAGUUGAAUUAAAGUACCAACUGCUAAUUUAACUGUGGCAGUAAAUUUGAGGUUCGUUAUGGAAAUAAAUAAUAAUAUCGAGCCGUGAUAUAUGAAAUUUGGACGAAUUGAAGUACUCUGUUGUGAUCAGAGUAACGAUCAAUUAUGGCAAUGAACACUUUACUUACAGAUUUAACGUUUACUUAAUUCUGAUUAUGAAGCAUUAUUUUUUUUAGGAUUCUUGUUAUAAACAACUUUUCCUGAAUCAUUGUAAUGUUUAAUUUAUCUUGUAUAUAUCGUGUAUUAUUUCAUUGUUAAACAUUCUGAUCUAUCAAUGCAGUUUGUGUUAGGGGUAGAAGUAAGUAAAUGAUUAAGUGAUAUUCAAAUUUUAAGUAUGCGAAUUUUGUACAGAACCAUACAUACUUAUUCUACAUAAAGCAUCUGUAAAGUCUAUUCAAUAUGAAAGGUCACAAGUGGCUAGCGGAAUAACCUCAACAACUUCUGAAUCCUAUCGGCACAACUGUCUGUUUAUCAUUCUCAUUAGUUUACGAUGAAACUUAUGAAUGUAUCAUUCAACAAAUGCGAAGAACAAAGCAACAAAAUAAUUCCAUCGGAAGCGUAAGAUUCCAACAUGUAAACAUUCAUCUACAUACAUUCUUACAUCGGGUGCUCAAGAGACGAAAAUGUUCUAUCCAACAAAAUAAUCUUGGAAAAUCUAUUGAAACAUGGAACUUUCGAUAUUGAAUUUGCAUAUUGUAAGAUAACUAACUUGAAAUUUGAGAAAUCCCAUGUAAUUGUACUUUGUGUAUCCUCAAUGUAGUCAUAAAACAUGUUUAAGGAGUACAGUGAUGAGUUUACCGAAGAAUCAUUUCUACUUUGUAGGGAAAAAAUUAUUAAUCAUCUUAAUUUUUCGAAUGGAUUUCAUUUGUUCAGAAACUCGAGAAUUCAAGUUCACAAACUGUAAAGUUAAUUGGUACCUUAGGCCACGAUUUAUGGAUUUGUUGAAAUAUUUUGAAGUUGAUGAGUUAUGGCAUAGUAAAAAUUUACACAUUUUAUUACAUUAUUAACAAUCGUCACGCCAUUAGUCAAUACAUUAUCGAUAAAAUGUAAAUAUUAGUAAUUACAAGACCAGAAUAUUCCCUAUAUAUAGUCUAAUAGAUUCUUUCCACUACUUUUCAACAUAUUACAUUACAUAUGCACAUUAUUCUCACAGAAGGAUUGUGAAGUUUAUAUUUAAAAAUAUUCAACAAAUUCUAAAUAGUAUUAUCAAGGAAUUUUAUAAUAAAUUGGUAAACUAUUUUUCAGAAUUAUUUAAGAUGGCGAAUGCGAGUGGUAACAUAUUUGCAGCUGAAGUUUCAAAUACAGUUCCCAGACUUGUUUUUGCUAAAUAAAUUGGUAUAUCUCCAAAUUCAAUAAUAAAUUGCCGACAUUCGCCACAAGGUGAUACAAAAGUAUCGUCCAAGUCAGCGAUUACUGCAAGUGCCACAAAUUUCCUCUUACCAUCUGAAACCGCUUUACUAAUUGCAGUUCGCUCGGCACAAAUAGAUACAGGAUAUGCUGUAUUUUCAACAUUGCAACCUUUACAUAUUGUACCAUCUUGACACCGAAGUGCCGCGCCAACUUUAAAUUUACUAUAAGGGGAAUAUGAGUAGGUACGAGCGUCCACCCCUGCUUUAAUCAAUUCCUGGAUAUCUCCAGCUUUAACAAAAUUAUAAAAAUGUGUUAUUAUUUAUAUUGUAGUCACUUCAUGUACUUGUAAAUUCAACUAUGCAUAGUAUGUAUUUAUGUCUGGUUUGGAAUAAGCUAACUUUAUAUUUUCUAUUUAUAAAGCGCAAGAGUUACGUAUUUUAGGGUGACAGUACACAAUAGACAGUAAGGUGGUAAAAAAUUAUAAUCAAUGCAACAGUUUAACUCUAGUGGUAUUGAUCAAUUACUUUACCCAGAGAAUCGAAUUCCACUACUUUCCCAGCACCACUCAUUUUGCUAGUUCUGAACGGAGAUAUCAGCUGUAAGUGUCUGCUUAACAGCCCUGUUUUUAACUCCCUGUUUCUUUG